AAGCGGGUGAGUGGUGGCAAAGUGUCAUGUGAGCGUCCUGCGCCGAUCUGGGCUGUUGGUGGUGUCUCCUACCUUUGCCCGCUGCCCAGAGUUGCAAGUGCGAAUAGCUGCUAUUGCUGAAGUCAUGUCCCACCAAACUGGCAUUCAAGCUAGUGAAGAAGUCAAAGAAACCUUUGCCAGAGCUAGGAAUGGCCAAUACAGGUUUUUAAAAAUAGUUAUUGAAAAUGAACAGCUUGUUGUGGGAUGUGCUAAGCAACCUAGUUCAACCUGGGAAAAAGAUUAUGACUCCUUUAUUCUCCCUCUGCUUGAAGACAGACAACCAUGUUAUCUCCUGUACAGAUUAGAUUCUCAAAAUGCCCAAGGACAUGAAUGGAUUUUUAUUGCAUGGUCACCAGAUCAUUCUCCUGUUCGUCAAAAAAUGUUAUAUGCAGCUACUCGGGCAACGUUAAAGAAAGAAUUUGGAGGUGGACAUAUUAAAGAUGAAGUAUUUGGAACAAACAAGGAUGAUGUUUCAUUAAAUGGUUAUCAGAAAUAUUUAAUGACUCAAUCUUCCCCUGCUCCUUUGACAACAGCUGAAGAAGAACUUCGACAAAUCAAGAUUAGUGAGGUAGAAACUGAAGUCAGUGUCAAUACUAAACAUCAGACUUUGCAAGGAGUUGCAUUUCCAGUAGCUCAGGAUGCCCUUCAGGCACUAGAAAAACUGAAAAACAAAGAGCUUAACUAUGUACAGUUGCAAAUUGAUAUGAACAAUGAAAUUAUUGUCCUAGCCAGUGCACUUCCAACUGAAUUAAAAGACUUGCCAAGAAGAAUUCCUAAGAAUUCUGCACGAUACCAUUUCUUCCUCUACAAACACUCACAUGAAGGAGACUACUUAGAAUCCAUAAUUUUUAUCUACUCUAUGCCUGGUUUUGUGUGCAGUAUACAAGAAAGGAUGCUUUAUUCAAGCUGCAAGAAUCCUCUCCUAGAAAUUGCAGAAAGACAGCUGUGGAUACAAAUCAUUAGAAAGAUUGAAAUAGAUGAUGGAGAUGAACUAACUGCUGAAUUUCUCUAUGAAGAAGUCCAUCCCAAACAACACGCGCACAAACAAAAAUUUGCUAAGCCAAAAGGACCUGUAGGAAAAAGAGGAAUCCGAAGGUUGAUCCGAGAUCCAGUUGAAACUGAAACACCUGUUGACUAGACAUUUAUUGGGUAGAAAAGCAAAGCAGCAUAAUAGGAGGGAGUGGAAGAGUAUGAAUGCGUAUGAAUCUUUAUAAUGAACUGCAAGCGUUCUGUGUUGUUUUCCAAUGGAAAAUAAGUUACUUUCUAUUGCACUUACCUGGCUAUACCACUAUAGAUCUUAUAAGGUCCAAAGACUGUGCUUGUAGUGUAUGUGUUCAAAAGAAAAAUACAACUUUGAAGAAUAUUUUGUCCUAAAAAUCUUAACUCUUACUUUUAUAAUAGACACAUGGCUAUUCUUCAUUCUCUCUUAGUAACUUCAUAAAAUGUACUUCGAUCAUUUACCUUGUGUAUCUUAAGUAGACCAUGUCUCUGAAAAUGAUAAAGAAUAAGCCUUGCUUCUUUUCAUAAUUUCUUUGCUCCUAUUCUCCAGGCUUGUAUGUACAUUUUGUACCACAGCUAAAAUGCUUAGAGCAAGUUCCAGUAAAUUGGAAUGUACGAGACCAGUUUAUUUGCUCUAGGGAUGCAACUCUAGUUUUCAUAUAACUGAAUAACAAUGCAUUUAUUGUUUUUCUGAAAGAGCAAUUGUUUCAAAAAUUCUGACUUACAAAUUUUAUUUCUGCUUAAGGAAAAUGCUACUCAUUAGGAUGAUUCUGUCAUCAAUAUGCUAUUAAAGAACACAAUACACUUUCCUAUUCCCAGUAAAUGAAUUCAGUUUCUCUACAAAAAUUGAUACUUUGUCAGUUAGUUCAACAUUAUUAAGCAAGAAAAAAUGUGAGUUCUAAUGCAUUUCUAGUAUCUUAAGAAAACAAAAAAUUAUCAUUGUUUCCAAGUGUCUCAAAUUGUGAAACUAAUUGUGAUUACUUUAAGUUCAAACAAAUCCUUUGAUGCUACAGAACAUUGUUCCUGUAAGCAAUCUUUCUUAUUAGUGAUUUCCAGAUAAAGGAACAUACAUACAUGCCCAUUAGAAAUUAAAGCCCCAAACUUAUUAUAGAGGGCCAAAUUCACAAAGUAUC